UGCUGCUGCUGCUACACUUUCGAACCACCGAUUGAUAUGCUGGUCAUCAGUCGUCCGUGGCGCCGCCAGUCCAUGCAGCUGGCACGUCGAGCCAUGAGCUCCAACGCUGAUAGAGACGACAAAUCGAAGCUGAACAAGUUCAGCUCCGUCUUGACCGAACACAAGUCGCGUGGCGCGGCGCAAGCCAUGUUGUUUGCGACGGGCAUCACCGAGGACGACCUCACCAAGCCGCAAGUGGGGAUCGCCAGUAUGUGGUGGGAAGGCAAUCCUUGCAACAUGCAUUUAUUGGACCUUGCCAACGAAAUCAAGAAGGGUGUCAAAGAUGCUGGCCUGAUCGGGUAUCGCUUCAACACGGUGGGGGUCAGCGACGUCAUUGCCCAGGGUACGGCUGGCAUGUCGUACAGCCUGCCUUCUCGCGACUUGAUCGCUGAUUCGAUCGAGACUGUGAUGGGAGCGCAAUGGUACGAUGCUAACAUCCUCGUCCCUGGGUGCGACAAGAACAUGCCUGGGUGCCUCAUCGCGAUGGCGCGCCACAACCGCCCGUCCUUGAUCGUGUACGGCGGCACCAUUCGCGCGGGUUGCCGCAACGGCCAGACCAUCGACGCCUUGUCUGCGUUUGAAGGCUACGGUGAAUUCUUGGCCAACCGCAUCACCGACGACGACCGCAAAGACAUCAUUCGCAAGGCGUGUCCUGGACCUGGGGCCUGUGGUGGCAUGUACACAGCCAACACGAUGGCCACUGCGAUCGAAGUGCUGGGGUUGAGUCUGCCGUACUCGUCCAGUUCUCCCGCCGAGUCCAAGGAAAAGCAGCAAGAGUGCCACGAUGCUGGCAAGGCCAUUCGAUACCUCUUGGAGCACGACAUCAAACCCCGCGAUAUUCUGACGCGGGAAGCAUUCAAAAACGCUAUCGCCGUGACGAUGGCGCUGGGCGGAUCGACCAACGCUGUGCUGCACUUCAUCGCGAUUGCCCGCGCCGCCGGCGUGUCGUUGACGUUGGACGACUUUGCCGUCAUUGCCGACCGCACGCCAUACAUUGCUGACCUCAAACCCAGUGGGAAAUACGUGAUGGAGGAUCUGCACAAUGUCGGGGGGGUGCCGGGAGUGAUCAAGUACUUGAUUGAAAAAGACGUGGUGAACGGCGACUGUUUGACUGUGACGGGCAAAUCGCUGGCGGAAAACGUGGCCAACCUGCCGAGCUUAUCGGACAAGGGGCGCAUCAUUCAUGCGGUGGAGACGCCGCUCAAGGAGACAGGCCACAUCCGCAUCCUUCGCGGCAACGUGGCGCCGGAAGGUGCGGUGGCCAAGAUCACGGGCAAGGAAGGAUUGCAUUUUAAGGGAAUUGCGCGCGUGUACGAUUGCGAGGAAGACAUGCUCAAGGCACUCGAAGACGGAGAAAUCACCAAGGGAAGUGUGAUUGUGAUCCGAUACGAAGGACCCAAGGGCGGCCCUGGCAUGCCGGAAAUGUUGACAUGCACGUCGGCGCUGUUUGGGGCCGGUCUCGCCAAUGACGUGGCCAUGCUCACAGACGGUCGUUUCUCGGGCGGGUCCCACGGUUCGUCCCAGUUUGCCCUUUUGUGUGUGUUGUUAUUACCUUUCAACUAGGGUUUAUCAUCGGCCACAUCACCCCCGAAGCCCAAGUGGGGGGCCCCAUCGCCCUGCUCGAGUCUGGCGACGUGGUGACCAUCGACGCCGUGACCAACCGCGUGGACGUGGACCUGACGGACGCCCAACUGCACGAGCGCGCGAGCAACUGGCGCGCGCCGCCCCUUAAAGCCACCCGCGGCGCCUUGUACAAGUACAUUCAAAACGUGUCGUCGGCGUCUCUGGGCUGCGUUACGGACGAAUAAUGCGAGGGAUGGAUGACCUGUGUCUUGGCGGCAACGUUACUCAUAGACAACCAUGCACCGUUUGUGUUGAUUUUAGUACAACUAACGCUGCCAUGAAUACAAGUUCUUUUUCGGUAUACUUUGGACAUACACAAUCAAUCCCGAAAGUCUAGACAUGACCUGCUUGGUCAGAUACGACAGCGCCGUACGACAGGGUGCGUUUCCGCAUCCGAGUGGACGACGGCGUAACGGCGGCGGACGCGAGGGGGGUUCGAGGGGCGCCUGCCAUCGUAGGACCGUUGAAAAUGUCCGACAGCUCCACCAGUUGUUCAUUCUGGUGUCUCAACUCGGUCUCGUCGUCAUCCUUCGAAGGUCUCUUGGCCUCGCUCGCUUGGAUGGCGCGGUCCGUCACGACGUCCCAGUCCACCCUUGCCAACACGACUGCGAAAAUGACCAACUUCACCGCUUCCAUCGUGCACACGGCGUUCCACAGGGAUGCAAAGCCCGCGUCAAACACGAACGCCCACACAUAACACACGGGCAACUGUACGCACCACGUCGCAAACAGCGCCGUCCAGAAGAUCACGCGCACUUCGCCCAUGCCCGUAAGGACCGCCGCCAUGAACAUCUCGAGCGACUCCAAAAAGUAGGCCGACACAAAGAUGGGCACGGCCACUCCCGCAAGCUGCAGCAGCGACUCGUCGUUGGUGUACACGAUGAAGAUGCGGUGGCGCAGCGACAGAAUGACCGCGGCCAGUACCACUGCGUUGACGAUGGUGCAGAUGGCGCCGAUUUUGGUCACGGCCUUGGCGCUAGUCGGCUUUCCCGCGCCCAGGUAGAACGCCACCUUGGUCUGCGUCGCGCAGCCAAAGCCCCAGAAGAACGCGUACAGCAGCGUCCAGAACUGGGUCACUAUCGCAUUGGCAGCAACGAUCUCGGGAC